UCGUUCGGCACAUACUAUCGUAAAACGUGCGCUCGAAACAUGACUUGGGCACCGGCUAACUGCUCGGGAAGUUGCACAUCGCAAGUGCUUAAUUUUUUUACUUUUUUGGUGCAAUACUUAGGAUUCUCGUACGACUCGAAGUUUACAUCUACGAAAACGGAUGGAAAAGAGUCUGGUCUACGAGAUGAAUUCGACUUCAUUGUGGUCGGAGCCGGAAGUGCUGGAUGCGUUGUAGCUAAUCGAUUGAGCGAAAUCGAACAGUGGAAGGUGUUGCUCUUAGAAUCGGGCGACGAAGAGCCAGCUGUUACCGGUGUCCCAGGACUGUGGCCAGUUUUGAGAAGUAGCAGUCUUGAUUACGGCUAUUAUACCGAACCAGAGCAUGCGAUAUGCGCCGCAGCUGCGAAUAAGUCUUGCCACGUUUUUCGCGGAAAAGUCAUGGGUGGUACCAGUGCACUCAACGAUAUGAUUUACGCGCGCGGUAAUAAACAGGACUACGACGACUGGGAAAAUCUUGGAAAUGCAGGAUGGGGCUUUGAAGAUGUUUUGCCCUAUUUUAAGAAAUCAGAAGAUGCAAAAGAUCCCUUACUUCUAGCCAAAAACCCAGAUAGUCAUGGAACGGGUGGCUAUCUGACGACCGAGCAGUUUCCUUACAAGAACAAAAAUGGCCGGGCGAUAAUAGAUGCUUGGAAAGAACUGGGCCUCGAAGAAGUAGACUACAACUCGGGCUCUCAAGUUGGCGUCUCCAACUUACAAUUUAACUCUGUUCACGGCUCUCGACUCAGUACAAAUGGGGCUUUUAUUCGUCCCAUCCGUGGCAGAAGGUCCAACCUCGUCGUCAGGCCCAACUCUCGAGUGACCAGAGUGAUGAUCAACAGAUAUUCCAAGCGUGUCACGGGGGUGGAAUAUUUUUGUUCAAAAACUAGUACGCUGAAAAUGGUCUACGCGAAAAAGGAGGUAAUCAUAUCCGCGGGAGCCUUCGACUCACCAAAACUGUUAAUGCUUUCGGGUGUGGGUCCAGCCGAGCAUCUUCGCGAGGCUGGUAUCUGGGUCGUCAAGAAUUCCCCGGUAGGUCGCAACCUUCAUGAGCACACAGUGAUCGUUCCCUUUACAUUCGACCUGAAGAAGGAGUCGCGAACCACGUCAAGUUUCGACGACAUGCGUAACGACUUGGUCUACUGGAUGAGCUCUCACGAGGGUGUGCUGUCGUCGACGGGGCUGCAGUCCACCGUUGCCUUCCUGCAGACAUCCUUUGAGUCACGCCCAGGUGUUCCAGACAUCCAGGUUGGUUUUGCUGGUAGCAGUACGUCCUCUGAUUCUGCGUCGAUCGCGACCUCGUACUAUGACAAGGCGGUGAUCUUCCUUGUUCUUUUGAAACCUCACAGUCGUGGACAGUUGAGGUUGAACGUAAGCGAUCCGUUGUGGAGUCAGCCGCUGAUUCGAUUGAACAGUAUGACCGAUCCUAGGGACAGUGAAAUUCUCGUAGAAGGAGUAAAAUUGGCUUCCAAGGUCACACGCACCAAAUCAUUGAAGCAAAAAGGGUUCAUCAGGACGAAGCCAGCCAUGUGCCAGGAAUACGAAGUGGACAGCAGGGAAUACUUUGAGUGCUUCGUUAAAAGGUACACCUUCACAAGUUAUCAUCCGGUGGGGACGUGUAAAAUGGGUCCGAAACGCGAUAAGGACGCUGUGGUCGAUCCUAGGCUGAGAGUUUAUGGAGUCACCGGAUUAAGGGUUAUCGAUGCCUCGAUUAUGCCUGAGACUACGAGAGGCAGCAUUAAUGCGCCGAUAAUUAUGAUUGGCGAGAAAGGUAGCGAUAUGAUAAAAGAAGAUUGGUUAUGAGGAUAUGGGUUAAACUUUCGAAGUUAAUAGAACAUCGCGGAUAAUGCACACGAUCUUAAUUUAUUUUUCUGUAAAUACUCGCAUGUAUCUUCGAUUUACUGUAUUAUAAAGUUUAUACCCACAGCA